AUGGAUCUCACAUGUCCCAUAUGUCUCAACGUUUAUUUCAAGCCUGUGAAACUUCCCUGUAACCAUAUUCUCUGUCAGGAAUGUCUUGAAAGAUCGCUGGAUAUCUCUACUCUUGAAUGUCCAAUCUGUCGUCACCGACUCUCUGUAUGGAAACGUCGAUUAAAAGAUGUAUCCCUAUGCAUUGAUAAAGCACGUGAUACCGAAAUUGGGCGGUUAUUUCCACGUUACUAUUCUGAUAGAGCUGAAGGCUUGAAUGUUUCCCUCUGCGACUCCGAAGCUAGUGUUCUUCGUGAGGUUACAGGUCAGGUGCGUUUACGAUUGGCUUCCCCGGGUGCCAUUAAGUCAGAAUUCGAUGAGGCGAUUUCUAGGAUUAAUAAAAGUAGUGUUGCGGAAGAGGGUUUUCGAGAAGAAGCCAGUCUCGCCCUUUCUAGGCAUAUACUUCUGGAAACUAGUGUCGGAAAUGAUUCGGUGGAUUCUCAUCCUCAGAUCAAUGCUGACGAAAUGUUGGCUCUUGAGGUGGCUCAACAGGAUCGCCUUGUUCACCGAGCCUCUAAGCCACCGAAAAAUCGAAAAGUCCGAUCUACCCUUGCCUGUCGUCCAAAUCUUCGGAGUGGACGAGUGCUUCGUGAUCGAUACAAACAGACUUCCUUACUUCGGUUCUCGAAGAAGAUUUAA